AUGAAACUCCACUUCACUAACAUAUUAUUAUUUUCCCUUCCAUUAAAUAUAUUUGUAACAUCAUCACAUUUAAAUAAUCAACAAAAUAUAUAUAAAACAUCAAACACAUCAAAUUUCAUAGCUCUAAAAACAUGUAGAUCAUUAUGCGAAUGCGACCCAUAUAUAUCCAUUUAUGAUAAUCAUCCAGAGAUGCAAAAAGUAAUGGAAAAUUUUAAAAAACAGACAGAACAGAGGUUUCGCGAGUACGACAAAAUUAUGAAAGAUAAACUCCAAAAAUGUAAAGAACAAUGUGAUAGAGAUAUACAAAAAAUUAUUUUGAAAGAAAAAAUACAAAAAGAAUUAACAGAAACGUUAGCAGCAUUGGAAACAAACAUAGACAUCAAUGACAUACCCACUUGCGAUUGCGAAAAAUCUGUAUCAGAUAAAGUGGAAAAAACAUGUUUGAAAUGUGGAGGUAUAUUAGGUACGACGAUACCUAAAUUGGCACUUUUAGGUGGUAUUUCUACACAUAUGUUGACAACUGCAGCUACUUCUGCAGCUAUUGAAGCUGGUAUGAAAGCUGUCGUUGCUAGCCUUAAAGAUUUCUUUUCUUCAUUUAGUAGAAACACGGUUGAUUUGACAUCAAUUGUUAAUCCGUCAAGUUAUAAUUGUAGUAAUGUUUUACUUCAAAAUGCUAAGAAUUUAACGAAGACAAUAUGUAUACCUAAUACGGAUGGCAGCAUCACUCCUUUUUGCUCUGCAAUAGAUUAUAAUGCUAAAUUAACGUUUGACGGUUUCGUACAAGCUGGUACUCUGGCAUAUGAUGCAAAGUUGUCAUCCGAAACAUCAGCAAUUACUAGUUUCAAUAUUGCCAUGAUGUCAUCAAUUGUUGCAAUAGUAAUUAUAGUUUUGUUUAUUGUUAUUAUUUAUUUAAUUUUACAUUAUCGUAGAAAAAAAAAAAACAAGAAAAAAUUACAAUAUAUAAAAUUAUUAAAAGAAUAA